AUGGUGUUGGGUCCUCCACCCAAGCCCACCAUUGAAAAUGCACCUAAGUUGGAGCUAAAAGAUUUGCCAGCCCACCUCAGAAAAUGGGUAGGUCCAGUACAGUGUGUGCCCAAGAAGGGCGAAAUGACAGUGGUAACAAAUGAGAAGAAUGAGUUGAUCCCCACAAGAACAAUGACUCGAUGGCGGAUUUGCAUGGACUACAAAAAGUUGAAUGACGCCAAUAGAAAGGACCAUUAUCUGGUACCUUCCAUUGAUCAAAUGUUGUAUAGGCUGGCAGAAGAUCAGGAGAAGACUACAUUCACUAGCCUGUAUGGCAUAUAUGCGUUCAAGCGCAUGCCAUUCGGCUUGUGCAAUGCCCUAGCCACAUUUCAGAGAUGUGUGAUGGCAAUCUUCCAUGAUAUGGUGGAGGAUUUUGUUGAAGUGUUCAUGGACGACUUCUCGUUGUUUGUUCGAGAAGGCACUGUGUUGGGGCACAAAAUCUCCAAAAGUGAGCUGCAAGUUGAUAAGGCUAAAGUAGAAGUUAUUGAGAAGUUGCCAACUCCCAUCACAGUAAAGGGAGUUAGAAGCUUCCUGGGAUAUGUUGGGUUCUACAUGAGGCUCAUCAAGGACUUCUCUAAGACUACAAGACCUAUGUGCAGCCUAUUAGAGAAACAUACGAAGUUUGUCUUUGAUGAAAAGUGUUUCCAGGCAUUUGAGCUGCUGAAAAAGAAGUUGAUUGAAGCUCAUAUUUUGAUUGCUCCAAAUUGGGAGCUUCAUUUUGAGCUUAUGUGUGACACUAGUGACAUAGUUGUUGAGGCAGUACUUGGGCAGAGAAAAGAAAAGAUGUUCCAUUCCAUCAACUAUGCGAGCAAGACACUUGAUGCAGCUCAGUCGAAUUACAGUGUGACUGAAAAAGAGAUGCUGGCAUUAGUGUUUGCAUUUGAUAAGUUCAGAUCAUACUUGGUAGGAACCAAAGUUAUAGUCUACACUGAUCACACUGCAAUCCGAUACUUGUUUAACAAGAAGGAUGCCAAGCCGAGACUGGAGGAUGCAACUCAUGUGAAUAAUGAGGGGCAGAUUCGUGAAGAGUUUCCUGAUAAGCAAUUGCUUGCUUUGGACAUUGCUCAAGUGCCUUGGUAUACUGAUAUUGCGAAUUUUCUAGUGAGUGGUUUAUUUCCACCUGGGGCCUCAACACAUCAAAAGCAGAGGUUGAAGUAUGAUGCACACUUCUAUAUAUGGGAUGAGCAUUUCUUAUUCAAGCAGGGACCUUAUCAGAUGAUGAGAAGGUCUAUAGUUGAGCAGGAGGCGACACAAAUGUUGGAGAGUUGUACCUCUUCACCAUAUGGUGGACACCAUAGAGGCAAACAGACUGCGCAUAAGGGGAUAGACUUUAUGGGACCAUUCCCAUCGUCCCAUGGUAAUCAAUACAUCCAAGUCAAAUUGGACUACGUGUUUAAGUGGGUGGAGGUAGUUGCACUACCAUCCAAUGAUGGAAAAGUGGUUGUGAAGUUCAUCCGAAAACACAUCUUCACCAGGUUCGAAACUCCAAGGGCUAUGAUAAGUGAUGGAGCUGAGUUGGAGCAUAAGGCAUAUUGGGUGAUCAAGAAUAUAAAUCUAGAUGCUGAGUUAGCCGGUAGGCAGAGAAUAACACAGCUGCACGAGUUGGAAGAAUUUAGGCUCCACGCCUAUCAAAAUGCUAAGGUGUAUAAAGAGAAGACCAAGAGGUGGCAUGACAAGCAUAUUGUGUCACGCACCUUUGAGCCUGGUCAACUAGUUCUGCUAUUCAAUUCAAGGUUGAAGUUGUUCUCUAGAUACCUUCGAUCUAAGUGGAGUGGUCUUUUUGAAGUGGUGAGGAUUACCCAACAUGGUGCUGUGGAGUUAAGUAACAAGGAUAAGAGCUAUACUUUCCUUUUGAAUGGUCAAAGGGUCAAGCAUUAUUUCAGAAGUGAUGUGGAUCGUGAGCUUGAAGUGCUCACAUUGAAUGACGAAUGA